CCCGCUCAGGCUCCUCCCCGCUUCCAACAUGGCGCUGCCCUGGGGCUCCAUCCGCACGUGAGAAAGACUGGGCUACUGAGACCCGGAGAGUACCGCACGCGAGCCACUUUCUCCUGGCAGCGAUCGGUUGUAGCUCUUCGACCCUUUCCGAAGUCCUCCGUGCUGCUGCCCCUCUUCAGCCAUGAAGAUAAAACCCAUUUCCCACAAGACCGAGAACACCUACCGGUUUCUUACAUUUGCUGAACGAUUGGGGAAUGUGAAUAUUGAUAUUAUUCACCGAAUCGAUAGAACAGCAAGUUAUAAGGAGGAGGUUGAAACCUACUUCUUUGAGGGUCUGCUGAAAUGGAGAGAAUUAAAUCUUACGGAACAUUUCGGCAAAUUUUACAAAGAAGUUAUUGGCAAAUGCCAAUCAUUUAAUCAGUUGGUCUAUCAUCAAAAUGAGAUCGUUCAGAGUUUGAAGACUCACCUGCAAAUUAAGAACAGUUUUGCCUACCAACCCCUUUUGGAUUUGGUUGUACAGUUGGCACGAGAUCUGCAGAUGGAUUUCUAUCCACACUUUCAAGAUUUUUUCCUGACCAUCACAUCUAUCCUAGAGACCCAGGACACCGAAUUGUUAGAAUGGGCUUUUACCUCAUUGUCAUAUCUUUACAAGUACCUGUGGAGAUUGAUGGUGAAGGACAUGUCCAAUAUAUACAGCAUGUAUAGUACGCUCCUGGCUCAUAAAAAACUACACAUAAGAAAUUUUGCUGCUGAAAGCUUUACAUUUUUGAUGAGAAAGGUCUCUGAUAAAAAUGCACUUUUCAAUUUAAUGUUCCUUGAUCUUAAUGACCAUCCAGAAAAGGUGGAAGGUGUUGGGCAGUUGCUCUUUGAAAUGUGCAAAGGAGUUAGAAAUAUGUUUCACUCCUGCACAGGCCAGGCAGUGAAACUAAUUUUGCAAAAACUAGGACCAGUUACUGAAACAGAAACUCAAUUACCAUGGAUUUUAGUUGGAGAAACACUCAAAAACAUGGCCAAAUCCACUGUAUUCCACAUCUACAAGGAACAUUUUGAUACAUUUUUUGACUGUUUGCAAGAAUCACUCCUGGAUCUACAUAACAAAGUAACAAAAAAGAACUGUUAUGAGAGUUCUGAACAGAUUAAAAGGUUAUUAGAAAUAUAUCUAAUACUUGUGAAACAUGGAAAUGGAUCAAAGGUAACUGAACCUACUGAUGUGUGUAAGGUACUGUCUGAAACAUUACAAAUACCCAAUCUCUCCACAUCUUGCUGGGAAACUCUCUUGGAUGUAAUUUCUGCUUUGAUUCUCGGUGAAAAUGUUUCCUUGCCGGAGACCCUCAUCAGAGAAACUUUAGAAAAAAUUUUUGACAGCACAUUGGAAAGACGUUUAAUUUUGGAUUUUUCUGAAGUCAUGUUUGCUAUGAAGCAGUUUGACCAGCUUUUUCUGCCAAGCUUUCUCUUAUAUAUUGAGAAUUGCUUCUUAAUUGAUGACAAUGUGGUCAAAGAUGAAACCCUGGCCAUUUUGGCCAAGCUUAUUCUGAACAAAGCAGCACCUCCCACUGCUGGCUCCAUGGCGAUUGAAAAGUAUCCUCUUGUUUUCUCACAGCAGACGGUGGGGUCCUACUUAAGGCAGAAGAAGACUAGAUCCAAGGCAGGAAAGGAGCAGUUUCCAGUUUUGGACCAUCUCUUAUCUCUAAUUCAGUUACCCCCAAGUAAAAAUACUACCUACCUUUCACAUUCUUGGGCAGCCCUUGUUGUUUUACCUCACAUUAGACCUCUUGAGAAAGAGAAGGUGAUACCACUGGUUACAUGCUUCAUAGAAUCACUUUUCAUGACUGUUGACAGAGGGAGCUUCGGAAAAGGAAACUUAUUUGUUCUUUGUCAAGCUAUAAGUACUCUGCUAAGUUUGGAAGAAUCUUCUGAACUUCUUCAUUUGGUUCCUGUGGAACGUGUAAAUAAUUUAAUAUUAACAUUUCCUUCGGAGCCAUCUGUAUUGCUGUUGGCUGAUCUCUAUUAUCAGAGAUUGUCUUUAUGUGGCUGCAAAGGGCCACUUUCUGAGGAAGUUUUGAUGGAAUUAUUUCCCAAGUUACAAGGAAACAUUUCUACUGGUAUAUCUAAGAUUCGGCUUUUGACAAUAAGGAUCCUAAACCAUUUUGACAUUCGGCUUCCGGAAUUGAUGGAGGGUGACGGGCUGUGUCAGCGGCAGUCUGCCUUUGCUAUAUUACGCCAGGCAGAACUUGUUCCUGCAACAGUGAGUGAUUAUAGAGAGAAGCUUCUUCACUUGAGAAAACUGAGGCAUGAUGUGGUGCAGACUGCAAUACCUGAUGGGCUGUUACAGGAGGUGCCUCUUCGGUAUUUGCUAGGCAUGUUAUAUGUUAACUUCAGCCCUCUUUGGGAUCCUGUUAUUGAACUCAUAAGUUCCCAUGCUCAUGAAAUGGAAAAUAAGCAGUUUUGGAAAGUCUACUAUGAACAUCUAGAAAAAGCAGCAACGCAUGCUGAGAAAGAACUGCAAAAUAUAAAAGAUGAGGAAAGGUCCAUUGGAGAUGAAAGCUGGGAACAGACCCAGGAAGGGGAUGUUGGAGCUUUUUAUCAGAAGCAGUUAACAUUGAAAACUGAUUGUCAGGAAAGACUGGACCAUACCAACUUUCGAUUUUUGCUCUGGCGUGCUUUGUCAAAAUUUCCAGAGAGAGUAGAGCCACGGUCCAGGGAGCUUUCCCCACUUUUCUUGAGAUUUAUCAACAAUGAGUAUUACCCAGCAGAUCUGCAGGUUGCUCCAACCCAGGAUCUGCGGAGAAAAGGCAAAGGGAUGGCAGCAGAGGAAAAAGAAGAUGAACCUACUGCUGAAGAUGAUAUAGAAAUGGAGGAAGAGGUGGUAACCCCAGAUGAACCCCCGCAGAAGAAAAAGACAAGAAGAGCUGCAGCAAAGCAGUUAAUUGCUCAUUUGCAAGUUUUCUCUAAGUUUUCAAAUCCACGAGCCUUAUAUCUGGAAUCGAAACUAUAUGAAUUAUAUCUUCAGUUAUUGCUACACCAGGACCAAACAGUGCAAAAAAUAACUUUGGAUUGCAUCAUGACAUACAAACAUCCUCAUAUCCUUCCUUACAGGGAAAACUUACAAAGGUUGCUUGAUGACAGAAGCUUUAAGGAAGAGAUAGUGCAUUUUAGCAUUUCAGAAGAAAAUACUGUAGUGAAAACAGCCCACCGAGCAGAUUUGUUUCCUAUUCUAAUGAGAAUUUUAUAUGGUCGGAUGAAGAAUAAAACUGGGAGUAAAACUCAGGGGAAAUCUGCUUCAGGCACCCGCAUGGCCAUUGUUCUGCGCUUCCUUGCUGGGACUCAACCUGAAGAAAUCCAGAUAUUCUUAGACCUGCUGUCUGAACCUGUGAAACACUUCAAGAAUGGAGAGUGCCAUUCUGCAGUCAUUCAAGCUGUAGAAGAUUUGGAUUUGUCUAAAGUUCUUCCUUUGGGACGUCAGCAUGGAAUUUUAAAUAGCCUUGAAAUAGUAUUGAAAAAUAUUAGCCAUCUGAUCAGUGAAUAUUUACCAAAGAUUUUGCAGAUAUUGCUCUGUAUGACAGCAACCGUAUCACACAUCCUUGACCAGCGAGAAAAGAUACAGCUGAGGUUUAUUAACCCACUGAAAAAUUUAAGACGUCUUGGAAUCAAAAUGGUUACUGAUAUCUUUUUGGAUUGGGAAUCCUAUCAGUUCAAAACAGAAGAAAUUGAUGCUGUGUUUCAUGGUGCAGUUUGGCCCCAGAUCUGCAGGCUUGGAUCUGAGAGUCAGUAUUCACCUACUCCUCUGCUGAAACUAAUUAGUAUAUGGAGCAGAAAUGCAAGAUAUUUUCCUUUCCUGGCUAAACAGAAACCUGAGCACCCAGAAUGUGAUAUAUUGACCAAUGUCUUUGCAAUUCUCUCAGCAAAGAAUCUCUCUGAUGCCACAGCCAAUAUUGUGAUGGAUAUAGUUGAUGACCUUCUUAACCUUCCAGAUUUUGAGCCUACAGAAGCAGUCUCGAGCUUGCCAGUAACUGGAUGCGUAUACACUGCCGACACAGUAAACACAGAAGAGUCUAUCACUGUGGGAGGAAGAUUAAUUCUACCUCAUGUACCUACAAUUCUUCAGUACCUCAGCAAAACCACAAUAAGUGCUGAAAAGGUGAAAAAGAAAAAGAAUAGGGCACAAGUCAGUAAAGAACUUGGUAUUCUUUCAAAGAUAAGCAAGUUUAUGAAAGACAAAGAACAAAGUUCUGUCCUCAUUACACUUCUCCUUCCUUUCCUCCACCGUGGCAAUAUUGCUCAGGAUACGGAGGUUGAUAUUCUGGUGACAGUGCAAAACUUGUUAAAACACUGUCUGGAUCCUACAAGUUUUCUCAAGCCUCUUGCCAAACUCUUCUCAGUUAUUAAGAACAAGUUGUCAAGACAGUUGCUUUGUACAGUGUUCCAGAGUCUUUCUGAUUUUGAGAGUGGACUAAACUAUAUUACUGAUGUUGUCAAGCUUAAUGCCUUUGAUCAACGACAUCUUGAUGACAUCAACUUCGACAUUCGCUUUGCAGCAUUCCAGACCAUCACCUCUUACAUUAAAGAAAUGCAGACUGUGGAUGUUAACUUCCUAAUUCCAGUUAUGCAUAAUUGUUUCUAUAAUAUGGAGUUAGGAGAUAUGUCUUUAAGUGAUAAUGCCAGCAUGUGCUUGAUGAGUAUUAUCAAAAAACUAGCCGCCUUAAAUGUCACAGAGAAAGAAUAUAGAGAAAUCAUUCAUCGUUCACUCCUGGAGAAAUUGAGGAAAGGAUUGAAGAGUCAGACAGAGAGUAUUCAACAGGAUUAUACCACAGUACUUUCCUGUUUAAUUCAAACCUUUCCAGAUCAGCUUGAGUUUAAAGACUUGGUACAGCUUACUCAUUACCAUGAUCCAGAAAUGGACUUCUUUGAGAACAUGAAGCACAUUCAGAUCCACAGAAGAGCAAGGGCCUUGAAGAAACUGGCAAAACAGCUAAUGGAAGGCAAAGUUGUGAUGUCUUCAAAAUCUCUUCAGAAUUAUAUUAUGCCUUAUGCCAUGACUCCAAUUUUUGAUGAGAAAAUGCUCAAGCAUGAAAAUAUAACCAUUGCUGCCAUAGAAGUUAUUGGAGCUAUUUGCAGACAUCUUUCUUGGUCAGCAUAUGUAUAUUACUUGAAACAUUUCAUUCAUGUCUUACAGUCAGGACAGAUCAAUCAAAAGUUGGGAGUCAGUCUGCUAGUAAUAGUGUUAGAAGCAUUCCACUUUGACCAUAAAACUCUUGAAGAACAAAUGGGGAAAAUUCAGGAUGAAGAAAAUACAGUAGAAAUGACUGAGGUACCAGAGUCUGAAGCCAUGGAAUUCGAGCACAUGAAUGAGGAAGAAAAAGAAAAUACAUCCAAGGGGUUGUUAGACAACAGUGAAACUCUUGCACACCCUGAUCCAGCUGACUCUGAUGGGACAGAGGCUACGGAAUCCAACUGUAUCACAAAGUCUGUCUCUUGCCUUCCUCGGAAUAAGGAAGAAUUGGAGAGAACGAUUAAAACUAUCCAUGGAACCAUAACUGGGGAUAUCCUCCCCAGGCUACAUAAGUGCCUCUCAUCUACGACUAAAAGAGAAGAAGAACACAAGCUUAUCAAGUCCAAGAUUGUGAACGAUGAGGAAGUGGUUCGAGUCCCUUUAGCUUUUGCCAUGGUUAAACUGAUGCAGUCCCUUCCACAAGAGGUCAUGGAAGCUAAUCUGCCAAGUAUUUUGCUGAAAGUGUGUGCUCUCCUCAAGAAUAGAGCACAGGAAAUCAGAGACAUAGCACGCAGCACACUCACAAAAAUAAUAGAAGAUCUUGGUGUGCACUUCCUGCAGUAUGUUUUAAAAGAAUUAAAGACCACCCUUGUCCGUGGGUAUCAGGUCCACGUGCUCACCUUCACUGUUUACAUGUUGCUGCAAGGCCUUAGCAACAAGCUGCAAGUUGGGGAUUUGGACUCUUGUUUAGAUAUCAUGAUUGAGAUGUUUAACCAUGAAUUGUUUGGUUCCGUUGCUGAAGAGAAGGAAGUAAAGCAGAUCCUCUCCAAAGUCAUGGAGGCACGAAGAAGCAAGAGUUACGAUUCUUAUGAAAUCCUGGGCAAGUUUGUAGGAAAAGAUCAGGUCACAAAACUUAUCCUUCCAUUGAAAGAGAUUUUACAAAAUACCACAAGUUUAAAACUGGCCCGAAAAGUUCAUGAAACCUUACGCCGAAUCAUAGCAGGAUUAAUUGUAAAUCAGGAAAUGACGGCAGAAUCCAUUCUAUUGCUCAGUUAUGGUUUGGUCAGUGAAAACCUACCCCUAUUAACAGAGAAAGACAAGAGUCCCGCAGUCCCUGCACCCGAUCCACGUCUGCCACCCCAGAGCUGCCUGCUGCUCCCCCCAACUCCAGUUCGAGGUGGACCCAAAGCUAUUGUGAGCAGGAAAACCAACAUGCACAUAUUUAUUGAGUCUGGGCUUCGGCUGCUUCAUCUGAGUCUGAAGACUUCCAAGAUCAAGUCUUCAAGUGAUCAUGUCCUGGAAAUGUUGGAUCCUUUUGUGUCUCUCCUCAUAGAUUGCCUGGGUUCCAUGGAUGUGAAGGUGAUCACAGGUGCUUUACAAUGUCUGAUCUGGGUCUUAAGGUUUCCUCUGCCUUCCAUAGAAAGAAAAGCAGGACAGCUGACAAAACACCUUUUUCUUUUGCUGAAGAACUAUGCAAAACUUGGGGCUGCCAGGGGCCAGAACUUCCACCUGGUGGUAAAUUGUUUCAAGUGUGUGACCAUACUUGUAAAGAAAGUCAAAUCUUACCAGAUAACUGAAAAACAGCUUCAAGUUCUUCUGGCUUAUGCUGAAGAGGACAUUUACGAUACUUCAAGACAAGCCACUGCAUUUGGUCUUCUGAAGGCCAUUUUAUCAAGAAGAUUAUUGGUCCCAGAAAUUGAUGACGUCAUGCGAAAAGUGUCCAAGUUGGCAAUUUCUGCACAAAGUGAACCUGCCAGAGUCCAAUGCAGACAGGUUUUUCUGAAAUACAUUCUUGACUAUCCCCUUGGUGAGAAAUUGAGACCGAACUUGGAAUUCAUGCUCGCUCAACUGAAUUAUGAACAUGAGACUGGAAGAGAGUCCACCUUGGAAAUGAUCGCUUAUCUCUUUGACACAUUUCCUCAGGGACUGCUCCAUGAGAACUGUGGGAUGUUCUUCAUCCCUCUUUGUCUAAUGAUGGUGAAUGAUGACUCUGCUGUAUGUAAAAAAAUGGCAUCCAUGGCAAUCAAAUCCUUACUCAGUAAAAUUAGCCUUGAGAAAAAAGACUGGUUAUUUGAUAUGGUUAUCUCCUGGUUUGGAGGAAAAAAGAGCUUAAAUAGACAACUUGCUGCCCUGGUCUGUGGCUUAUUUGUGGAAAGUGAAGGGGUUAAUUUUGAGAGAAGACUUGGAAAUGUUCUUCCUGUGGUUGAAAAGGAAAUUAAUCCUGAUAACUAUAAAGAUAUCAUGGAAGAGACUGAAGAAAAAGCUGCAGAUCGCCUGCUCUUCAGUUUUCUCACGCUAAUAAGUAAACUCAUCAAAGAAUGUAAUUUUAUUCAGUUUACCAAGCCCUCUGAGACUUUGAGUAAAAUCUGGAGUCAUGUGCACUCUCACCUGAGACACCCACACAAUUGGGUGUGGCUCACAGCGGCCCAGAUUUUUGGAUUACUCUUUGCUUCUUGCCAUCCAGAGGAGCUUAUUCAAAAAUGGAAUGCCAAAAAGACUAAAAAGAAAUCCGCAGACCCUGUAGCAGUCAGGUUUCUAACAGGUGAUCUUGAACAGAAGAUGAAAAGUAUCUCUCUAGCCUCUUGCCAUCAGUUGCAUUCCAAAUUCUUGGAUCAGUCUCUAGGAGAGCAGGUUGUUAAGAAUUUGUUGUUCGUAGCCAAAGUCUUAUAUUUACUAGAACCUGAUUCUGAGGAUAAGCAAGAUGAGAUAAAAGAAGACCUGGAAGAACAUGAAGCUUUAGGAGGUGGUGUGGCUAGAGAGGCAACAGAAUACGAAGCCUGCACACUUGGAAAGCCAGAGUCUGACAAAGAAGAGAAGAGCAAGCCCAGCAAGCCAGCCACACUGGUAUGGCUGAUCCAAAAGUUGUCCCGGAUGGCCAAAUUGGAAGCUGCUUAUUCACCUAGAAAUCUCUUAAAGAGAACAUGCAUCUUUAAGUUCCUUGGUGCCGUAGCAAUGGACCUUGGGGUAGACAAGGUAAAGCCCUAUCUGCCAAUGAUCAUAGCUCCCUUGUUUCGAGAACUGAACAGCACCUAUUCAGAGCAAGAUCCUCUACUGAAGAAUCUAUCUCAAGAAAUAAUAGAAUUACUCAAAAAGAUGGUUGGGCUCGAGAGCUUCUCAUUAGCCUUUGCCUCUAUACAGAAACAGGCUAAUGAGAAAAGGGCACUCCGGAAAAAGAGGAGGGCUCUGGAGUUUGUAACCAAUCCUGAUAUUGCUGCCAAGAAAAAGCUGAAGAAACAUAAAAAUAAAAGUGAAGCAAAGAAGAGAAAGAUAGAAUUCCUGCGUCCAGGCUAUAAAGCCAAGAGGCAAAAAAGCCACAGCCUGAAAGAUUUAGCAAUAGUGGAGUGAAGGCUCCCUGUCCUGAGACUGGAGCAUAAUUCAUAGUCUUAGUUCACCUCAACACAUGAACUUUCUGGUAUAUUUUGCUGGGCUGAAAUCACAACAGAUUUUAUUACUUAAGUUAAACUUUGACACAGAAUGUGUAAAUACAUAGUUUAAUGUAACUAUGGUCAUUUUUAAUUAAAAUGUUUAAACUGUUACUGUUA